AAAGUGUUUUUGUUAAAAUAAAAUAUGAGUUCAGGCUUUGUAACUGAAGCAGAGGCGGCCGAAGCUCGGCAAAAACGUCAGGAAGAGUGGGAGCGUGUCCGCCAGCCAGAGGAUCCACUGGAGCGACCAGAGGAACCAUAUGACGGACGCUCACUUUACGACCGCCUGCAAGAACAAAAAACCAAAAAGGACAUGGAAUACGAAGAGGCACACAAGCUAAAGAACCUAAUCCGCGGGCUGGACGAUGAUGAGGUGCAGUUUUUGGAGGCUGUCGAUGAGCACAAAAUAAACGCGGAGCGUCAACAAAUGCGUGAUGAGGCCCGUGAACUAGAAGACUUUCGCAAUCGAGUGGAGAAGCUGCAAGAGGAAAGCGUUGAUAAGAAACUGCAAGCAGAGUUGAAGACCACCGCAAAAUCUGUUGGUGCUACGGGGGCCCGAAACACACAAAAAUCAUUGCUGGGCCACGGAAUCAAGCGCAAAAACGGGGAAUCGCCCACCACAAGCAAAGUGGCCAAAACGGUAGAGAACGACAGCACUCCAGUGCAGAAGGAGGAGCAAGAGAAAACACAGCCAGCUUUUCAAAGCGGGCUGCAAUUAAUAGCCACGCUGCCUGGCAUUGGGCCUUACACGGAGUCCAGCGACUCUGAGGCUAGCACUGAUUCGGACGAUCUUGAUCGGUUUACUCGUACUGACUUGUGUGGUCGAAAGAUACCAAAAAAGAAACAGUGCACAGAGUAGGGUCAAUCUUCUUAUUGGCGUUCUUAACAUGUAAUUCUUUCUUGCAGCAGAAUAUAGCCUAGAGUAUAAACAUUA